AUGGGAUUUCAAGGCCCCGACUUUACCUGGAAUCAAGGACAUGUUUAUGCUCGUCUAGAUCGUGCUCUGUGUAAUUUUUAUUGGGACGAACAGUUCCCUGAGGCUUUUAUCGACCACCUCCUUUGGGUUCGUUUGGAUCACCGGCCGCUUCUUCUUUGUACGGAGCAGAAUUUCGGUCCUAGCUUAUCUGAUACUAUUACAAAUUUUUCGACGGCGACUGAUAUAUGGAACAGAACUGUCUUUGGUUAUAUUGGUGCUAAGAAGCGUACUAUCAUGGCUCGCCUAAGGGGAGGUCCAAACAACUCUUGGGAGGAACUGUUGUGGAAACAAAAAUCCCAAUCUGACUGGAUCACUAGUGGUGAUAGGAACACUGAAUUCUUCCACCAAAAGGCAAAGAUUCGUAAGUUUAAGAACAACAUAUCCUCGCUCAAACUUGCUGAUAAUGAAUGGUGCAAUGACGAGGAAAGACUCUAA